AACACGCGCUUUUUGCUAUUCAGAAUAAAUCUACGAUCAAAAAAGUGGAUUCGCAUAAAGAAUCGGAGUCCCUUGAUGUUCCUUUCAAAAAUUCUAUCACACCACAUGACGGAUCGAGAGAUGGAAGGGUGUAUUCAAAGAAGACGUGUCCCUUUCACAGGCACGAACCCGCGGUGAAAAUUUUCGACGACGAUAUCGAAAGAUAUUUGACGGAAGACCCGAGAGCAAGCGUGUCGUCGGGAGAGAAAUUGAACAAAUUGCCGCAUAUGCAGGAUGCAUCUAAAUAUGACAAAGAUAAGAACAGAGUAACUUCUGUCAAGAGCAAGAAGAUUAUUAAAAGGGUUAUUGUUCCACAAAAGGAGUCGGAAUAUCACUCGAAUAAUGUUACUGAUUUAGCUACAAGUGAAAUUGUAGAAGUUGAACCUAAAGAUAAGAAAAAUGAUACGUUAGAUAAGCAGUACAAUUUAAAAUCUGACGUUCGUAUAUCAAAAUUUAAAUUUUCUCUCGGAGGAAAAUCGAUGAAGAAAAGAACGAUCAUGAAAGAUGCACUGAAAACCACAUUAUCGUUUCAGCCCCAAGAUAUAGUUAAAGCAACAUCCGACAAAGUAAUAAAUACAUCGUUGAAUGUAGAGGCUCCUGAAAUUCAGGAAAAGUUCAAUGAAUCAAAAUGACGAAAUACGGUGCCUCAUCAUCUUCAAAUGCAAUUGGAGCAGACGGUCGAUAACAGAACGCGGGAAUUCUUGAAUUAUUCGCAACGAUGCGCGUAUAAGGCAUUGAAGCGCUUGACGCUUAACAAAAAUCUGAAUUUCAAACCCGAAGUGUGGGAGGAAACGUCGUCGGUGAGAUCGCGCGCUUCCACCGACAGAUCAAUAGUAGAUACAGACAAGUCAGACGUGGCCGAGAGCGAGAGUCCUGAAUCCGGGACCCGCAGCCCAGAAUUUCCUUUCUUCCGCGAAAUGCAAAGGAGAUUAAGAGAAACGUGGGCUGUAAGUAUCGGAGAGCAGAGCGUUAAAUAUAAGCGGUUGAAAUCGGGCUCCGGCAAAUCCUCUAUCGUUCCUGCGAAAUCAUUGGCGAAGUCCGCCUUCAGCACGAAGUUCGUUAAAUACGAAACCUGGAAGAACCAGUCGGCGAACCUCCUAGACGCCAUUCCUAGGGUGUCGUGCUUUCGACGCAGAAACCGCGACAGAUGUUUAUCCUGCAUGCAUAAAUCCCUGCACAAGACGAACGAAACCGAAGUUGUGUCCUCGCGAGCGGCAUUGCCAACGGAAAUUGAUGCGAAAGACGACAGCGAAUCGUCCAGUUCCGGCGGACUUUCGGCGGAAUUUCGUGAGGAAUUGCGAAAGAUAUUGUAUUCCCAGGAAGAGGAAACUCUGAGGUAUCCGAAAGUGAUUGAAGAUGCGUCGAGCAAAUCAACAUCACCGUCGCUUCAAGUGGAACGAGAAGACAUGGAGAUUUCGAUAAAGAUCGAUCCAAAUCAAUCCAAGGGUAAGACACCGAAACCCACUGAAAGCCUGAUAUCCAAAGAUCCGAAGAGGUUAAAAACCACUCCCAGCUUGAUUUCGAUAUCGUCGGAUAUCGAACGAUCAAAAAUUUCAUCCUCGGAGGCGCAUACCUCCGACGAGGAGACGUCAUCCCCCCUGGCGCUAGACAAUGAUCCGUCCCAAUACAAAAAUAUGGCACCUUGCCACCUGCCCACUGUCUUGCUACCCAGCAUGGAACCUUUCAGGGUUCUGAGACACAGGAAACCAACUACCAUGGAGUCGCGAAUCGCGCUCAUGGAGAGCGCGGUGUUGACGAAGGAGAAAUCCGACGACGAAUAUUACGACAACGUGAAAACUGCGGACACAACGAAGGAAAGGCCGCCAUCGAAAACGACCGGCGACCGGUCGAAAACUGAAAAGACUGGCGUAGGGAAGGAUACGAGCUCGAAGACCCCGAGAACCCUCUUGAAAAUUAAGUCGCAGCAACAACUGAUAUCGCCAAUCAUAGAAUCUGCCCAAAAGGGCGAAUUGAAGAGAGGAUACAGUUGCGCGAGCAUCAAGGAUUUAUUGAAGGAUUCUACGAGACGUACGUUCGAGACUUCUCGAAGCGAGGAGGAAGGUGGACGAGGAAAGGUAAUCCUCUCGGAGGAGAUAGAUUCCGCGAAAGGGUCGACUUCCUUCGAUUCUGCGAAAGUAGAGGGGCGCGCGGACCUACCGCUGUUGACGAUCGCCGAAGUCUCGCAAUUUUUAGAGAAAGCGAAUCGCGGAGAUGUGACGACCGCGAGCAUGUUAGAGAGCUUGGCAGACGAGUUCUCUUCGCGGGUGAUAAAACAACACGAUGCUAGCACGGCAACGGCAAAAAAACGCGCUAAGCUAGCCGCGAGAUUAACGAAGUUGCUGGCGGAGUCGAAACGUUAUUUGAACCCCGAUAAAUUCCCAGCUGACCUUAUUUUCUCCGCGAAACAGCCUCCAGCUUGCAAUUCCCGACUGCUGAGACGUAUCCUACCGCUCGAUUCCUACAAUCUUGUCGCCCCAUUAUUGGGCAUGUCGCCCUGGUACCCGAAAAGAGCUGUACGAAAAGUAGAUCUCGCGACCGAGGUGCAUUACGAAACGGAAGAAAAGGAAGAAGAAAAAGAAGAAGAAGAGACGGAAGGCGAGAUUUCCUUCGAUUUGAUUGUGCAUCCCCCGACGACCAAAGACAUUUCGACGAGCGGAGAUGAACAUAAAGUAGGUCAAGCCAGAUCGAAUCCUUAUGCUCUCUUUUUGAGGAAACCGCGACGCAAGGUUGUCACUUGGCGUCCUUUAACGGCAGUCGACCUCAAAGGCUACGAUCCCGAGGCCACUCUUGAGAUGAGGGCCAGAAAUAUUACGGACAGGAUAUGCCGUGACUUCUGUGAGUGGUUACGCAGUUUAGGCGACUCCGACAAAGUCAUAGACGAGGAGGUCCUCGGAGAUAUGUUCGAAAUUGACUUUACGGGCGAGGCUAGCAGGACGAUGGAGAUGUCGAUAAGGGAAAUGCCAAUGGUGCCUAACGAAGUAGCGGCAGCGAGACAAUGUCCUGGCGCAGGUGAACUCGCUAUGACCAGGAAGCAUCUGAUCAAAGAUGCCAAAGCCGAGAGCAAGCCAGUCAAAACAAUGGCGUUUGGCAGCGCGAUACCCUGGAAGCUUCAAUUUGUACCGCCCAGAAAUCGGGUUAGACAGAGAUGGCUGCAAUGCGAAAACGUGAUGUCGGAUCUAGAGACGAUGGACGUAGUCUGGAAGGGUAUAACGCACUUGGAGAGCGUCAGGGCUUUCGCAAAAUGGUUCAGCGAACAUUCAAAAGCUACGCUGCCGGAUGCGCUAAUGAUCGCAAUGACCACCGAUUCCGCGAAACACGCCGUGGAUGACGAGAUUCACGAGGCGUAUCAGGAAACGAAUGUCGAGCAAAUUGGCGGCUUUAAGGUCGGCAGCACCCAUCAGAGUUUCGUCUCGUCGAUGAGUAAUUAACAGAAACAGGAGAGAUCGGUGCGUGGAAAGAAAUUGUCGAUGAACCCUCAAAGUUUCGCCAUCGCGCCUACGCACACUGGCGCCAAAUACGUUGGUGUAACCGAUACGACCGCAUGAUGACACGGCGCAGAACGCCCAUUUCCUGUAUGCGGCGAACGGUUAACCUCCGUGUUGCCGCCGUGGACGCUUCAAUCGCGAACAAUUCCCGGGGAAAUUUCGACAAACGUUCAAUUACCAGACCUAAUUUUCUGCUAAUGAUCGUCGCGUUUCGCGCCCGUCCGGCGUAACGUAGAAAUCAAGAAUUUCUCGCCGGUGCUUUCCUACCUCGAAUUAAAAUGUAUGGAUCAUUAAAAGGCGCGAACGGUUACCGGCCCAUCAUUCCUGAUUUGGUGUGUAGAUUGGAUUAACAGCCCGAUUU